AUGGUAAGUCACAUGUGGACCCGGUCCACGGUCCACUCCUGCCGCUCACGCUCAACGCUCGCACACGCUCUGUGCCGAGCACCGCACGAGCUCAGCUGCCAAUUCGCUGCGCAGCGCGUCGUUCGCCGCCGGGGUUUUGUCCGGGAAGCCCAGGUCCCUGCCGUGCGAGUCGUCGUCGCGCCGCUGUGCUCGGUCCGCGCCGAAAAGGACGACGACGGACGCACCGGGACCGGUCGGACGCGACGGGUCUUCGGGAUCGCUGUUCCAACCACUGGCUCAAGGGACGGCGCCAUGCUCGAUGGAGGUGCAGCCACUGAGAGGUCGCCGGACACCUCCCUGGCCCGGCAGAUUCGCCGCGCGGCGCUGCGCGCCGAGGCCGAGGAGGUGUCGACGCAGCGGCACCAGCUGCAGGAGGAGUUGUCGACGCUGAAGAGAUGGAUGGUCGAGCAGCGUGAGGAGCAGGCCCAAGGCCUUACAGAGCUGCGGGAGCUGCGAGGCACCUUGCACGGUGCCAGACAUGAGGUGGAGCAACAAGCUGCUACUGCCAGAGCACAGGCGGAGGAGCAGGCGCAGCUCGCGGAGCUCUGCCGUGAAGGCCAACGGCGCCUGGGGCGCGAGGUCUUCGCGAAGAUGUCGGAGCUCAACGAGAAGCUCGGAGAGAAGAUGCAGCUCUUGGAGGAUGAGCUCACCGCGCGCUUGGCCGAAACCGUGAGGAUGUUGCGUCAGGAGGCACAGAGUUGCCGCUGUGAGGAGUUCCAACGGGAGUGCCUUGAGGCGCUGGACGCAGGUCGAGAUGUCGCAGAGCGGAGCGCUCAAGACUGCGUCAAGGCCCUGGAGGAACACAUGGCCCGGGGUCGGAAAGAGGCUAGCAAGACGUGCCACUCUGUCGAGUGCAUGAGGCAACAGCUAGCUGAGCAGCACGAGAUCUCCCAGCACUUGCAGCUGGAACAGGAGGAGCAGCGGGAGCGCCUUCAAGAGGAUCGGUUGUUGACAGUCAGUUGGGCGGAUGUUCCUCAGACAGCGCACAAGAUCCUCAGUACUACGCAGUUGACCAAGGUGUGUGGUGGAUGA